CGGCGGGCGCGGCCGGGCGGCGGCGGGAGGUGCCCGCGGAGCCCCGCGGAGCCCCGCGGAGCCAUGGCGUACAUCCAGUUGGAACCAAUAAAUGAGGGUCUGCUCGCUCGGAUCUCGGAUCUCUUGCUGUGCCGGUGGACUUGCAGGAAUUGUUGUCAGAAGUGUUUUGACUGUAGCUGUUGUCAGACAAAUGAAGAUGAAGUUGAAAUCCUGGGACCAUUUCCUGCUCCAACUCCAGCCUGGCUGAUAAGCAGCCAGAAUGAGGACAAGGAUGGAGACUCUGACAAUGCACUGGGUGAGCUGCCUGCCCCUCUCCAGGACGUGUCCCCUGACAGGAGGAGCUCGUCCUCAGACACGCCGCGCUCCGCGCCCGGCCUCGCGCGCCGCAUCUCAAGUCUGGAGUCGAGGAGGCCGAGCUCUCCACUGAUUGACAUCAAACCCAUCGAGUUUGGGGUAAUAGGAGCUAAGAAAGAAAUAGUUCAGCCAACUAUCCUGCGGAAAACCUACACCCCAGAUGACUAUUUUAGAAAAUUUGAACCAAGGCUGUACUCUCUUGACUCCAAUAGUGACGACAUGGACUCCUUGACAGAUGAGGAGAUCUUGUCCAAGUACCAGCUGGGCAUGCUGCACUUCAGCACUCAGUAUGACCUGCUGCACAAUUACCUGAUAGUGAGAGUCAUCGAGGCCAAGGAUCUGCCUCCUCCCAUCUCUUACGAUGGCUCAAGGCAGGACAUGGCUCACUCCAACCCCUAUGUGAAGAUCUGCCUCCUGCCUGACCAGAAGAACUCCAAGCAGACCGGAGUGAAGCGCAAGACGCAGAGCCCGGUGUUUGAGGAGAGGUACACAUUUGAAAUCCCCUUUUUGGAAGCCCAGAGGAGGACUCUGCUUUUGACUGUAGUGGAUUUUGACAAAUUCUCACGCCACUGUGUUAUUGGCAAAGUGUCAAUGCCCUUGGGUGAUGUAGACCUUGUGAAAGGUGGACACUGGUGGAAAGCCCUUGUGCCUAGUUCUCAGAAUGAAGUGGAGCUGGGAGAGCUGCUGCUGUCACUAAACUACCUACCCAGUGCAGGAAGACUGAACGUGGACAUCAUUAGAGCAAAACAGCUUCUUCAGACAGACAUGAGCCAAGGCUCAGAUCCCUUUGUGAAAAUUCAGCUUGUUCAGGGAUUAAAGUUAACCAAAACCAAGAAGACCUCCUGCAUGAGGGGCACCAUAGAUCCCUUCUACAACGAGUCCUUCAGCUUCAAGGUUCCCCAGGAAGAGCUGGAGAAUGCCAGCCUGGUGUUCACAGUGUUCGGGCACAACGUGAAGAGCAGCAAUGAUUUCAUCGGGCGCAUCGUGCUGGGGCGGUUCGCCACGGGCGCGCCCGAGUCCGGGCACUGGCGCCGCAUGCUGGGCGCGCCCCGCACGGCCGUGGAGCAGUGGCACAGCCUGCGCUCCCGCCAGGACUGCGACCGCGUGUCCCCCGCCUCCCUGGAGGCCACCUGAGCCGCGGUGGCACCGGCAGAGCGGGCGGAGGGAGAAGAGCCAGCGAGCGAAACGCCCCUCCUCACACCCCCGGGUUAAAGGCGGCCGUGUCCCACCUCCCUGCGCAUCUGGCUGCAGCUGUUCCCUGGGGCUGCACAUCUGGCUGUGCGCAGGGACCAGCCCUGGGAAGCAUGGAUGGAUGGAUGGAUGGAUGGAUGGAUGGAUGGAUGGAUGGAUGGAUGGAUGGAUGGAUGGAGGAGCUGCCCCUGCUGUCCCUCCACUCCGAACCUCAUCCUCUCGGAGAUACAAGUACCCGUGUGCUCUCGUUGGUGAACGUGGUAAUUAGGCUAAUUUUUUAAACCUGUGGUGAAGUCGAUUCUGACUGCGGUUUUGUCCUCGUUCUAGUUUCACCAGAAUUCAGCUGCUGUUGGUGUGUGUAUGUGUGUUCGUGUGGCCCCGCGUCAGAGGGCCCCGUGUCCCCCCAGUGGUGACCUGCCAGUCUCGAUAGCAGUCUGUGUGCGUAGUAGAUUCCGUGCUGAUAUAGCAAAAUAAACAUUUCCAGUAGCAUUUGUCCUGGGAAAACCAGCUCGCAUCCUUUCAAAUGUGCUGUGCAAAAAUAAAAAUAAAAAAUCCUGCUCCAGGGAUUUUGGCGGUUAAGACCCAGAAAAGACAAUUUUAAUUCUCUCACAGACUGCAGUGGCUCUUUCUGUGUUGUGUGUGUUUACCCAGGUAGUUCUUCAGGUCACCAAGUGAACUUAGCUACGGUCAAGCUGUCCUGUCAGUUGCUUCUGUAUAUUUUAUUUUUCCACAGUGUAUUGUCUGGUAUGAUGCAGAUUGUAUAUUUAUUGAAAAUAAAAUUCUAUUGAAUUGUGCCACAUA